CAGGAGCAGCCCAGCCUAAGUGUUGGGAAAUAAGAGCCCUCCCACCCACCUCCUGCUAGGGCCAAGGCAGCGGGGAAAGCUGCCCGGAGCCGCCCCCUCUCAAAGCUGGAUGCGGGGGAGCGAGCCUGGAACAAACCUCUGAGCCUGCGGGCAGAGCCGGGAGCAGGGAAAGCUGGGACCGGGAGAGAGGCAGCUCACGCUGCCGGCUGAGUCACCCCGAGCCUAUAAAACCAGGGCCAAGCAGCCGGAGCCACUCGGAGCGCAGGCACGACGCACCGGGACUUUUGGACAGGAAACAGAUCUUGCAAACUGCAAGCACCUUGGAGAAGGAUGUUGUCACCCCUACUCGUCCUCCCUCUGCUGCUGGGGACCACAGCACACAGCCCCGUGAGGAGAGCAGCUUCCAGGGAUGUCACCACCUUUUUCCAGCUGGCUCAGGAGGACACUUGGGAGAACGUUAAUCUCACCAGCUUGUCCUGUGAGGAUCAGAAGAAGAGGACUUGGAUCACCCUGCAGCUGACCAACAGCAGCCUGACAGCUUUCCCAGUCUGCCUUCCAGAGGCCCUGCAGAGCCUGGAUCUCAGCAAUAACCUCUUGGAGGAGGUGAAUGGCACAGAGAUAGCAAACCUCCCCCAGCUGCGUGUCCUCUCGCUGAGGCACAACCACCUCUGGGCAGUGAGGUGGGGCUCUGAAGCCCUCAGCAAUCUCCUCAAGCUGGACUUGAGCUUCAAUAAGCUGUCAUCUGUGCCAUCCUGCCACGGCUCUGUCCUGCCUAACCUGAGGUGGCUGUCCUUGGCUGGAAAUCCCCUGAUUGAAAUCCAGCCACUGGCUUUUUCCUGCUACCCUCAGCUGCAGGUCCUGAACCUCUCUGCGACGCUGCUCGGGCAGGAUGCCAGCAGAGGAAUUAGGGACUCUGCUUUUGCCAUCAGCACAGAUCCCGACGAGGCCAUGAACAGGCCUGGAAACUCUAUCCAUGUGCUUGAUCUGAGCAGGACCUUUCUUGAGAAAAUUCAACCAGAGUGGGCCAGAGGUUUGGCCAGCCUCAGAUCACUUCACCUGACAAACAUGCCACGGUUAAGAAGCCUUGACAGCGACUUCCUCAAGUCCCUGCCUGGUCUCCGAGAGCUGCACUGUCAGGACUCCCAUUCCCUGGGUUUUGUGCAGACAGAGAUGUUUGACAGCGUCCCUCACCUGAGCCAUCUCUCAUUUGAGAACUGUAACCUGAGUUCCUUUAAUCCUUGGAACACCAAUUCAUCGGAUGGCUUCACCAUCAACUUGUAUGGGAAUCCUCUGCUGUGCAGCUGCCAGCUCUCCUGGCUGCUGUCCAAGCCCGAGAAAGUUGUUCUGCAAAAGGCUCGGGAGACCUUUUGUACCCAGGAAGAUUCGGGCAGACCUUCGACAUCUUUUUCACUGCUGGAGCUCUACAACAAAUGCCAGUCAGAGAGCAAAGUUACACAGCCCAACUCAAACACAGCCCUUCCUGAGGGUGAUGCUUUCAGCUUCACCAGCGAUGAUGCCUCUGCUGUAGUAACGACAGAGUCCGCCCUGCUGACCACAGAUUUGACUCACAGCAGCUCCCUAAUCCAGAGGGAUGUGGUGAGCACAGCAGCAUCCAACCCAAUGCUAACCAAAGACACCUAUACCAGCUCCCUACUCCAGAGGGAUGCAUGGAGCACAGCAGCAUCCAACCCAAUGCUAACCAAAGACACCUAUACCAGCUCCCUAAUCCAGAGGGAUGCAUGGAGCACAGCAACAUCCAACCCAAUGCUAACCAAAGACACCCAUACCAGCUCCCUACUCCAGAGGGAUGCAUGGAGCACAGCAACAUCCAACCCAAUGCUAACCAAAGACAUCUAUACCAGCUCCCUACUCCAGAGGGAUGUGGUGAGCACGGCAGCAUCCAACCCAAUGCUAACCAAAGACACCCACACCAGCUCCCUAAUCCAGAGGGAUGCAUGGAGCACAGCAGCAUCCAACCCAACAGAGCCCAUCCUAACGAAGACCAACAGUUCUUCCCACAAGGAGGAGGCAGUUUCUGAACCCACAAGCAGUCCUCCUUCCUUGGCAUCUGUAACCUCCUUCCCAGUUUUUCUCCAAGAGCUCUUUGCUCAGUCCCCAGACCACAGCUCCCCAAGUCCAACUGGAACAGAACAGCUACAGAGAGAGCUCAGAACAACCGACACGACAUUCCCUCAGGAAGGGCCAUUCAACCAGACCACCAGUGACUAUUCCACUGGAGGAACAGGAGUCCCCCACACCACCAACCACCACAGUCACUCCUCUGCCACCCCUGCCAGGCAAGGUGCCCCCCAGAUGAGCCCCCCAGAGCUGAACUCCACGAGGAGCAGUGCUCCCCCCUCAGAGGCUGUGCCCACCACGCCAUCACCACACUACAUCGAUGACUACGACUACGGAGAAGAAUCCAAGGAGGAAGGCCCGGUGCAGACGGCCCAGGCCGCCUGUGACUACGAUCCCUGCAGGCACCUGCAGAAGCCGUGCAGGGAGCUCCAGAACAUAUCCCAGUGUUCAUGUCCCGGCACUUCCAGGGAAGAUGAGGUUCCAGACCCACCCAGGCUCAGAGCGGUGAUUGAAAUCACUGACAGCUCUGCACAGAUCCGCUGGUGUGCCCCAUACUCAGUUGUUCACAGCUAUGAGCUGAUGCUUCGUGCCCAAGACAACGAGGACAGGCAGUUUGUCAUGGACAACAUCUACCCCACGGCCAGGCAGUACACCCUGUACAACCUGCUGCCAUUCACCACUUACCACAUCUGUGUCACCGCCUCCAACAAAGCAGGGUCAAGCCAGACUACAACAGGCCAGGAAAUUCCAGGUAAUUCGUGCACCAGCUUUAAAACAAAACCCAGCUACAAGUAUGUUUUUGCUGGUCUGUCUGCAGCAAGUGGACUCUUUCUCAUUACCACAAUUAUUUUGUCUGUAUGUCUGUGCAAGGCAUGUAAAAAGCCUCAGAGUGAACAGUAUGGUACACACUUAGUCUCCUACAAGAACCCAGCAUUUGAUUACCCCUUAAAAGCACAAACCACGAAUUAGCUCUGGGUGAUUGUUCAAUGCAAUCAAAGUUCCCUAUCUCCAUCACCUUGGUGUGUUUUUAUGAGACUCUGAAAGUGUCCUUCAGCAAAACUAUGAACCAUUAGAUUCCAUAACCCUGACGUUUCUAAGGGAGAGAAAACCACCAAAGAAAGAGAAAAACUAAUAAUGAAGUUAGUGGACCAGAAAAAAGUCUUUGGACUCCUGUUCCUGUGCUAAGCAGCAGCAAGCCUGGACACUAACCCUGAAAAGUUGUUUUUGUAAUCACCUACAAAUAGAGUAGCAUAAAUUUCACACAGUGAGAGGCUGCCUGGCCAGCUGUCUGCCUCCAGUAUCUCUCAUGAGCACAGUCAGAUGAGAGCUGCAAUCCAAGGUGCAUUAAGCUUAGCAAGAUGUACUCUGCUUUUAUUCACAGAGCAAAACUGGGGGUUCUGGUUUUUAAAGGUAUUAUCCAUAGAGAGAGUAUAGCUGAAAGGAGUGAGUGGGCUCAGUGACAAGGUCUUGUGCAGAUCUAACUCCUCUAAGCAAAUGCAGUGAAUGCAGAUGAUCAACCUGACUUCAGUUCGGGAAAAAGAAACAUGAAAUUUAAUUGUAGUCACAGACUGUGUGGGAUCCUUAGGGCAGGGGUAAUUGUUUUGUUCUGACUUUUUAUGAGGUUGUCCACAGCUGAGCCCCCAAGUGCUUCCCCAAAACAAGCUCACAGGCAGUGGGGGGUUUGCAGUACAGCAGUGACCCACACAAGGGGGGAGGGCAGCAUGUUGACAUUUGCUUCCCAGUGGAUUUUAAGCAAAGAGGAUGUUCCGUCCCAAUCAUCCGUCCCAUCUACAGAUUUAGCAGCUGAUAAUUUACCUCAUACAGAGGCAAAAAGCCAAGUAAUGAAGCAAUUUAAUGUGUGUGCUGCUGAGGCUUGAAAAACCCAAAUCCCCUGCACUAGCAGCAGACAGUUCUGCAGAUACCUUUCAAAUGAACUCUUGGGUGCCAAUUUCUGUACAAUAACAGUAAGAAAUGCUGACAAUCCCAACUAUGAGUUUGCUAUUGGAAUCCAGAGAGGUGUGCCAGUCUGAUAUUUCCCCAGGCUCCAGUUCCAGGAGCUGCCUGUUCCUGCUGCUGUACAGACACAGUGCAUAAGCCCCCCGAACUCUGAGGGGAAGGUGCUGUAGUGUGUAAAAGAAUCUCUGUUCCAUUCUU